ACACCACAACAUAACAUCAACAACAGCAAUGGAGAAGAAGGCAUUGUUCUUGAAGAUCCCUUUCUUCACUUUCAUUCUGCUCACGGCUUCUGUUGCUUCCUCGUCAAUGGCUGACGUCGAAACUGGGUCGUAUUCGUCGCGAAAAGUUGGGCGUUAUGGCCAGGAAAUAGCAGGUGUUGGCCGUACUACUACUACUACUGAUGCGGCGGUUUGUAAAAAGGACGAGGAUUGUCUCAAAUAUUGUCCCCCUGUGUGCAAAGAUAGGCCCAAAGAGAUUCAAUGCUCCUUCGUCGGCAACUGUUUCUGCAGCUGUAUUACAUAGACAUCAGUUUGGGAAACAAGAGUAGAGUGAAGGCACAUGAUGAUGAGGUUAUUUUAUGGGCUCGUAGGUAUUUUCGGUUUGGGCUAGGGUGUUUUUUUCCUUUUGGGUCGAGUUUUCCUUUUGUGUUUGGGAGGGGUAGCCGAAUAGGGGUAGGACUAGGUUACGUAUUAGGCUUUCGUGAGUCUAUAAAUAUGUAACUUGGGC